AUGCCUUCUGCGCGACGUUCAGAAGGUCAAUCGCUUGUUCCCCUUCACCUGGCGACCCCUGUACCCUCCCCUGAUGAGAUUGACUUCCGCGAUGAACGUCCACGCCCCUCAACGACCCGAUGUCCUCGGCUGGCAGCCUGCGGAAAAUCGCUAAACGGCCAAACACUCCUGGAAUUCUCCCAUUUCCAAGAUUUGGAAGGAGAUGCUAGCGGUUCUGAACUGAGAGUGAAGGCAGCUACUUUCUGGGUGCGGGUUGACUUUCGUCCAUCAGUCACUCACCCAGAUCGCCUUAAAUUUAGGGAUCGCAACCUAACUUUAUUUUUAUUCAAAGUAAAGCUGCCGCCCCUUGAACAACAAUAUGUUAGUGACAAGCAGGAGUUUGAUGACUACACAGAAAUGGCAGCUUCCCUUCCUGUUGCUUUUUCUGCUUUGGGUUGGCAGAAAUUUGAUCUCACGUCAACUGUGCGAGAAUGGUAUGCUUCUGGGGCUGCUGCUCGAGAACGAUUACGUCUCCUUGUUGAUUGUUCUGGAUGCAGUGACAAAGUUGAAGCUAUCCUUUUUGGUAAAACACCAAUAUCUUCAUCAAGAGCAGGUCAACCAAGAGACCAACAAAUAAAUCAGGUUAAUUCUUUUGAGUCAGAAGGAGGAUUUAAUUUUGACAACCCAAAAGCAAAUAGAGAUUCACAAAGACCCUUUUUAGUUGUACAUACUGAUUCCAUAGCUACAAAACGAGUGCGUCGCAGAGCAUUGGAUUGUGUUGGAGACACUGUUGGUCAAUGUUGCAAACAAAAAUUUUAUGUCAACUUCACACACCUAGGCUGGGAUGACUGGAUUAUUGCACCCCGAGGAUAUUAUGCUAAUUACUGCCAAGGUGAUUGUGGAGGAGUUCACAGAACGCCUGACACUUAUCAAAAUUAUCACACCCAUGUUAUGGAGGAAAUUCGUAAAGUAGACCCAUUGUCUGGCAUGCAACCCUGCUGUGCACCAUUGAAAUUCUCAUCAAUGUCUCUUAUCUAUUUUAGUCCUGAUAGUAAUAUUAUAAAACGAGACUUGCCUAAAAUGGUUGUUGAUGAAUGCGGAUGUCCUUGAAGUGUCAUAUCAUUGGCAACCAAUUUUAUUCCAUUUCUUAUGCAUGGCUAUUUUCAACAUUUCUCAAAGUAAACAAAAUUAUUUACCUUGGAAACAUUAAGAGUAAAUUGUUCAGUUAUGUGAUGACUGUCAAAAAAUUCAGCCAGUGCAAAGAAAUGAUCAACAAAUCAAUGUAUAAAUCCAAGGAGUUAAAUAGACUGACACAAAAGUGCCUCUGAUUGGCUAAAUCCAGUGGCAUAGUCUAGAUAGAAACAAAAAUAAAUUCUUUAUCACAUUCUCUACAUUUCAAAGAAAAAUGAUCCAUUAGAUGUUAUAUUGCUUGUUUCAUUAUAUAAGUUGAGACACGUUUCUCCAAAAGAAAUAUUUAAUACUAUAAAGUUCCUUGGAUGGCACUUGCUUUCUACAUGCUCAAAUGAUGUAUCAUAAACAUGAGAAAGGCUUAAUUUAUCAUUUGUUAUUUUAAUCCUAACUUACAAAUUUUGAGAUGAACCAAUAUAUUUGUGAUAUUUUUGCCAGCUUGUAUAUUUCGUCAAUAGUGUCAAACAAAGUAUUUUGUGGCCACUCAGAUUCUUUGAUCCUAUCUCGAUCCACCUUUUCAUCAUGUAGCUAGGAUGUACUAUGGAAAUUUAGCUUAAUAAAAAUGUUUAUUUUUAAAACUUUUGUGAUAUAACACAUGUGAUCAUGUAGUGUCCAACUCUUUAUUAAAAAUAUUUAAAUGAACAUAUAAAUUUGCAGUGAAUACACACAAAGGCUGGUCGUGAAUACAGUUGCUUGGUUCUAACACUCCAGAUAUACAUACUUAGGGAGAGAAAUGUCACUUAAAUCAUAUUUAUUUCAAUUGAUAAAAAGCUAUAAGUCUGUUUCUGUAUAAACCUGUGUGAUGAUAAUGGUGUAUGUGCUCAGGUUAAGGUUGGUGUUGAUCAGUAUUACACUUGAUGUGUCUGUGUUUAUCUUCACAUUUGCUCUUCAUUGUCAUGUUUAAAAUGUUAUAAUACAUUUGUGUAAAUGUGUCUCAGAAAUAAACAUUCCGAAUUGCAGGGCACCUCCAGAACAUCAAACGUGUACUGAUAUGUCGGUCGCAAACGCAAAAUGUGACACUAUAACAAUUGCUGUCUUAUAUUACUGUCUCAUGAUUAGCACUUGUUAUAUACUUUCAACCACAGGUAUAUCAGAUAUUUUUCUCAUCUGAUAUCAUAUUCUCGUCAAUGGAGAAUCUAUAUAAAGGACAUGUGCAACUACAUAAUAGGUAGAAUAUAUUUAAUAAAAACACCUGCACUUCAUUAUCAGAAGCACCAGUAUUGAGGGUCUUAUUGGUGCAAUGGAUAUUACUACCUUAAUGACUCUUGAGAAUAAAUGGGUGGUAAUGUAAUCUAUUUCCUUAUCUUCUAUUGAAGAAAAUUUGGGAAGUUUUCAUUUGAAUUCAAUUUGAAGAUGUUUGAUGAUUCUGAAAUCAUGGUAGAGUGUAACUCUCUAUCAUCUUCAUUGUUACUUUCAUGUUGUGACUAUUGACAUGUCAUCUAUAUGUUGUCUCAGUCUCAUUAUAUUGUUUGAUGUUCUGAAGCUGUGACAUGAUAUUCCAAAGUUUUAGCAGAUUCACUUAUUAUUGUUUCCAAUUAAAAAUAUGAUAUUUCAAACAUUUUGUAUUUAUAAAAUUAUACUAUCGUUUGAAAAUUAUUUUUCUCAAUAGAUGGUAAGUCAGCAUAUCCAAAAUAUUGCUGAUUAAAAUAUGAUGAACUUGCAGAGUUAACAUAAAUACAUAUGAAAAAUAUUACGUAAUUUAUUUUUGCCAUGAAACAAAAUUAGUAAAUUAACUCUAAUCUUCAUUUUCUCUUUAAUUGUAAAAAACAUGUAGAUAGUGUUGAGGAAUGUAGAGCCUCGAAUUUUAGAUUCUUUUACAUUUACUGACUUGCUCUUAUCACCAAACAUGAAGGAGAAAUUAAUAAUAAAAGCAAAGUAAGCGUACAUCAUGCAUUUAAAUAUUUGUUUUGCAUACAUCUAACAACUAAAUAUGCUGAAUUUCAAUUUUAUUGAAAGAAAAUGUAUUUUCAUGAAUAUGUCAAAAUAUUUGAAUACGAUUUGAACAGUGAAUUUCAAAUUACAGAUGAUAACCAAAUUAGGAAAAGAAUUUUACAUGAUUUAAUUGACACUUUUUAAGAAAUCUGUAUUUAGUAAGAAUGAAUUGCUUAAUUCCUAGUAAAUUCCAAGUUCAUUUU